CCCGACUUUAUCAAACAGGUUUCAGGCACUAAGGUACGUUUUAAGUUAUUGAAUGAUUGAAAAAUUUAUAAUAGAGAACUGUGACCGGUAGAAGUGACAAUUGAAAGCAGUAAACAGUGAGUACCCGUCUAAUAGAUCAUGGAUGGUUAGAUGAGGGUGCCCUGCCUUCCUUACAGAGAGUUGAGGUCUAAUACCGGCAGAGAUACAGAAAACGAAAGGGUCCUUUUAGUACACGUAAAAAAUAAAACAAAGCAAGACAGUAGAUGAAUUAUCAAGAGAGAUCAUUCUCUCUUGGUAUUAUGGCUUACUUAUUGAUGAAAAACGGAGAUCAUCUGAUCGACGUAGGUCGAAGGCAAACAUGGAAGAGAACACGCGAAUGUUAAGGUGGCUCCGUAAUUAAUACAAGAGCAUUUAGCUGUGACAAAUUUUCCGUCAUAACUUUUUGGUUAUUAACGCGAUGGCUGCGAAACUUUGCAAAGAACAACAGAUAUCAUUCGGCAAUAACACGAAAUAUUCCGAUUUCAUUGAUGGUAAAUAUUUCUUGAGAAAUUAGCGCUUAAAAGGACCCUACUGUUCAAAGAAAAUCGCGUCUAGUAAAAAAUUUUGCUGAUAUUUUUUACUGAAAUUUCUGGUAUCGGCUUUAAUUGAUAUAAUAAAUAUGCCAGAGGAAUUUCAGAAAAAUCGUUGGAGCAGAAGUCCGAAACUAAAAGUCGCUCAAAAUUCAGCUGUUAAAUUGUUUUGGAAUUUCAAAGAUAAAUUACUAUCGGGUAGAAGGAGCCACCAGUUUGAAUUUUCGUGACAAGUAAAUUCAACGUUUUCUAAUUCUUAAAACAAAAGCCGAUUGCCUAUCGUGCUAUUCUUUAAAAGGUACUGUUUAGUUGUAGAAGCACUAUAAAUUGCUCCAAACCUUGCUCUGAGGUAGAAUUACUUGUUCUUCGACAUUUUUAAAAUAUCCCAUGGCAGUUUUGGUUCAAACUCCUGCUGCAUACAUUUUGAUGUAUUGCAAUGCAUUUUCAACGACUUUUACUUCUGUUCGUUGCUUCCAACUCAGGAAAAAAGUAUUGAGAUUGGACGCUACCUCGUACCAGAGCUCAGAUAGAACUGUCCAGCACCUUUGUUUAUGACUACAAAAUGAGCACGAGCGGCAGUUCUGCGUGGAAUUCGCACCUCACACAGGGGGGACGAACGACAUCGAUGACCAUGCCUGUGAACCGAAUAACAUCACAGUCCAAAAUAAAAUUAUCGCAAAAAUACUGCCCGUGAAUAAAUUUACAACUCUGGAAUUUUUGUCACCCUUCCCUCAAUGAAUGGGUAUUUUUUUUGAUUAUUAUGUUUUGCUCUGCAAUACAUGUUUAUACAGAUCGGUUCCCAGACAUGGGCAUCAUUGUCAUUCGUCCCCCUGGCUGAGGUGCGAAUUCCUCGCACAAGUGCCGCUCGUGCUCAUUUUCUGGUCAUAAACAAAGGUGCUGGACAGUUCUAUCUGAGCUUUGAUACAAGGUAGCUUACAAUCCCAAUACCUUUUUCCUGAAUUGGAAACAACGUACAGCAGGAAAAGCCGUUGAGGAUGCAUUGCAAUACAUCAAAAUGUGUGCAGCAGGAGUUUGAACCAAAACUGCCAAGGGAUAUUUUAAAAAUGUCGAGGAACAAGGACAACAAGUCAUUCGAAGUCAGAGCAAAGUUUUGAAGCAAUUUAUAGUGCUUCUAAAACUGAACAGUACCUUUUAAAGAAUAGCACGAUAGGCAAUCGGCUUCUGUUUUCAGAAUUAGCAAACACUGAAUUUACUUGUCCCGAAAAUUCAAACUGGUGGCUCCUUCUCGCUGAUGGUAAUUUAUUUUUGAAAUUCCAAAACAAUUUCACAGCUGAAUUUUGAGCGACUUUUAGUUUCGGACUUCUGCUCCAACGAUUUUUCUGAAAUUCCUCUGGCAUAUUUAUUAUAUCAAUUAAAGCCGAUACCAGAAAUUUCAGUAAAAAAUAUCAGCAAAAUUUUUUACUAGACGCGAUUUUCUUUGAACAGUAGGGUCCUUUUAAGCGCUAAUUUCUCGAGAAAUAUUUACCAUCAGUGAACUCGGAAUAUUUCGAAUCAUUGCCUAAUGAUAUCUGUUGUUCUUUGCAAAGUUUCGCAGCCAUCGCGUUAAAAACCAAAAAGUUAUGACGGAAAAUUUGUCACAGCUAAAUGCUCUUGUAUUAAUUACGGAGCCACCUUAAACGAUCAGAUCAGAGACUGAAUAGAUGGACAUAUAAACGAAAUCGGGUAAGGUGAUAAAUCACAGAAGAUAUAGCGCGAUGGGUAUCUAGUAAUUAUACCAGUGAUAUAGCGUAGUAGACGGGCUGGUCCCACUGACACGCAUUUUUGUAAUGCUAUUUAAAGGAAAAACCAUGCCAAGAAAGUGCAAAAAAACUGCAACCCCGAUCGUGUGCAGAUUACCUAAAGAAUGGCGCAGACAAGUGCGGCUACUACAAGAUCUUCGAUGCUGCAGGGAAUGGCUUCACUGUGUACUGUGACAUGGAAACAGAACCUGGUGCGGCCUGGACACUUAUCAUGUCUUGGAGCCUCAAAAAUAACAUGUUAUUGAGCUUUAGGUACUAAUUUAAUUAAACAAUGCUAAAGAUCGUUAUUAAGCUAAAUUGUAGAGCCUCUAUAUGUAUGGGUACCUGCGUAAUGUCACUUUCUUCGUUCAAACCAGGUUCUAUCGUUGGUUUUUCAACAUAUAAAGAAUUGCUUUGCAAGUAUUAGCUCUUCUAAAGAUAUUAAUCAAGCACGACAAAGAAGACGAAAAUGAGUGAAAAAGCAGUGGGUGUAAAAACUGGUUUGAUAAGCGAAACUGACUCAACGUGCACCCGCGUGUCAUCGAACCAAAAUUCAAUCGAACACCAAUCAUUCGAUUGAGUGCGGUAAUCGAACAUGAUCGAACAUCUACAGGCGUGUCCCAAAAGUUCGUUCCUGAGUCCUUUGUAAGUCUGUAAUGCAGUACGAUUGGACUUGAUAAGCAAAUCUUUUAAAGAAAAGGUUCUUGUAUUUUCAAUCGGACUGAAACGGCGACAUUCUUGAUACCUAUUUACGGCAACUGUAAUUUCGAUAUAUGCGGUCUCCUCCCGGGUCUCCUUCGAGUUCUUGACGCUCUCGACAAUUCACUUUGGGUUCACUGAAAACUAGCAGCGAUUCGACCUUCAGUAGAAAUUGUCCCGACCACGUGGCUAUUAUGGGGUAUGAUUGUCCUAUCAAAUCGUUAACUCCCUGUAUACCGGUAGGCUCCGCCUGAAAGAGAUAUCUUAAGGCUUCAGCUAUAUGAAAGAGUAGGGAAAUCUGUCAUUUGGGUCUGUGAAAGGUCCCAAAAGGCUAGCCGAUGAAUUUUAUGGCUUCAUAAAGUGAAACGUUCUAUAUUUGGGGUGCAAAGUUCUAAACAAGGUAUGUGAAAGUGGUACCAUUUUUCAACAGAAGCUAUACGAAAGGGGUACCCUUUUUGUGAAAAAUGGUAUAUAAAAGGGUAAGGGGUUGGACCUCGGGGCGGAGCCUCCCCAUACAUACAUACAUACAUGUUUUUAUUUGGAGUCUUAUACAAUAAAUAGUAUAACAACUAUUUCAAAAAUCACUAAAAUUACGGACAACAAAAAUUCCUAAACAUAGGGCUAAUAAGUUAUUAAGUCCUAGAGUAUUUACUUUUUGCCGUCUUCCUCUUUUCUUUUUUUCAAAGCAUUCGAAUAUGUUUUGCUAUUAGUUUUUGUAUUUUAGCAUUUCCGCUAGGGGGGGUUUAUUAGAAACAUGAAUAUUUUGUUAGGUGACAUUCUGCUUAUAUUUAUUCUAUAUUCUUUUUCCAAAUAAUCUAGUAACGAACAUCUUUUUUCCUGGUAAGCAGAGAAUAUAUUUAGAAAUCGGUAUUCGUCCUCCAUUUCUAUUUUACAAAUUGGUCAAAUUCUUUCUUAAGGUCUCGAAUAACGUCCUGUCUCUAUGGCUAAUUUGUGGUUGCUUAGUCGCAGUUUUGUUAGAGUUAUUCUUUGUCGCUUAUUGGUGACCUGUGUAGGUAAUCUUCACAUUUUUAAUUGUCUAUCGUUUUGAAUAACCGGUAGGUUCUCAUUUUGUUGCUUUGGUUAGCCUCCUUUCUAGCGUCGUUAUUUAUUUCACUUAGCCAUCUUUGUAGUUCCAUCAUCCUUACGCCGUUGCCUGAUUAGUUUACGAUUCCAAUGUCCGCAUAGUGUGCUUGCAUCCAGAAUUCUCCUAAUCCUAUCUGUUCCAAUAAGCUUUUGCUUUUUUUGCUCCAGGAAGCUUUAUUUUCAUUCCGAUUUGAUGUCAUUGUCUGCUAUUUGGAAUAAUUUGUUUUCAUUUUUGGUAAAGGUUUACCAGAACUCAAAGUUCCUACAUUGGGCUUCAAUAUAAUUCUCAUGCAUUCUCUCAGCCCUGCGAGCAUUAUUAUUGCAGUAUUUAUUAACUCCCAGCAACCACUUCAGGAAUUUAUUUUAAACUAAUUCUGCUGGAUCCUUUUCUAAUUGUCCAUUGCAAUCAAUCCCCCAUACUUCACUCGCAUAAAAGAGUAUGGGAGAUAUCAGUGCAACAAAUGGCUUCAUCGUUAAUUUUAUAAUUUCUCUAAAGUGGUUUCCCAUCUGUUUUCGUAAUUCCUAGAGAGCUUUGAAUGCAACUUUCUUCAAACUCUUGCUCAGCGAGAUUAAAGUUUCUAUAUAUGGACUCAUUAUUACUCCAAGAUAUUUGUAGGAUUUUACAUUUUCCAGUUGAUCAGCACCGUAUCUGAACGAGUAGUAGUCUAAAGACUUACCACAGUUAUUAAAAAUCAUAAUUUUUGUCUUGUCUAACUUUCCACUUACAUCGGCAUUUUCACAGAAAGAUUCUAGCUUAUUAAGGAUUAUUUGAAAGCUUUUUGCUGAUCUAGAGAAGAUCACUAGAUCGUCCGCAUAUAAGAGACAAGCUGUAUUUAGGAAUUGUGGUAGAUCACUUAUAUAGAAAUUAAAAAGAGUAGGUGACAAUAUGCAACCUUGCAACACUUGUUGAGUACCCCCCCCCCCCCGGGGGGGGGAUGAACAUAAGGGAUUUGUAUAGGAAUUCAGGCAAAACAUUUAAGAAGAUAAUUAAAUACUCGCUAGAAUUUUUAAUACCUUACCUUAGUUACUCUGCUUGUUUUUUCUUACCGUGUCGUUAUUUUCCCGAACCAAUUGAAAGGAAAUCGAUUCAAUCUAUUAAAUCGCAAUUGAUCGGGAAAUAACCACACAGCAAGCAAAAACAAGCAAAGUAAAUAAGGUAACAAAAGGUGUCACGUAUUUUAUUGACAAUUCUAGCGAGUAUUUAUCUUCUUGAAAUCUUUGCCUGAAGUUCCCAUUCAAAUCCCUUAUGUUCACGGUGUUCUGUCGCGCUUUGUAAUAAUCGUCGCACUUCGUAAUAAACUUGAAAUGGAUUGACGGAAGAUAAGGAAACCCAAUAAUCAUGAAUUAUCAUCGACAACAACAACAACAAUAAUAAUAAUAACAUUCCAAUGAACGGUUUUCGACACCAAUUUCCCAAGUGGAUGCGGAGGGAAGUGUUCAAGAUCUUUGUAGGAAAGUACAACUCUUUCUAUGCGGACGACCUUGGGACCAUGAAACAGCGUCCAUAAAAGCAUGAUUCCAUAAUGAUGCGAUUUUGUACUGGAAUUUAGCUGCUAUCCCUGUUAUGUCCCUGUUACAAAGUGCGACCAUUAUUACAAAAUGCGACAGAACAGUCACGGCCAUUUUAAGGAUUACGCAGUGAUGAAACCAAAUGUAUUAAAGAUUUGACUCUCAUACUGAUCGAUACUGAGCUUUGGCUGCCUGUGGUGUACAUGACCUAAGAUCCACCCAAUCAGCAGCUCAGGAGAAUUUUGUUUUUUUCGCUUAGUUUUGUUUGUUGUAACGGUUUGAUUGUUUAAUUUUUAUUUUCCCUGUAUAAUUGAUAGCUUCAUUGAGUUCCUUUGUUUUGUGAUUUAUUGAUACUUCCUAUUUCCCCUAUAUAUUUAUACAACUCUUCCACAGCUUUCCUGUUAAUUAAAGUUGGAAGUAAACGCGAAUAAUCAUUCAAAACUUAUAUUUACCUUUGCGCUUAUCGACAGAAAACCAUUGCCACUCAACUACCCCGUAAACGAAAAUGCGCCUAACUGGUUCCUCUACCGGCUAACAAAGGACAGAAUGAGAUCGCUAAGUGACGUAUCCACCCACUGGCGAGCUACUUGCGGUUAUGACAAGCACGGCAUCAACAAUUACAGAGAUUACAUCCGUGGAAAAACUGCAGAUGUUAACAUCUUUGCCCUUGUUGGUACUACUUGCAUCAAAACCGAGCUUAUCAACGUCCGUGGUCACACUGGGAUACACCAGACUGCGAUGUAUCACUCAAGUAGUUACCUUCCUCACGUCGAAAGUACUUCAGGUGGAUGCCAGUUUUCUGUUUCAGGUUUGAGCAGUGAAGACAACUUUGGCUGUUACGGCACUAAAAACCCUAUGUUUACCUGCUCGAGGAAUGCCGCAUCUACCACGCAGUGGUGGUUUGGUGGCUACCAGUAAUUAGCACACUGAUCCUUUAGCGACAAAACUCAGCAAACCCUUAGCUUGUUUUGAGCUUAGCACUUGCUGGCCAGGAGAGUUUCCAUUUUGGCUUUCAUGCACUCUUGUUCUUCGGACAGCGGUGAUAGACAUUUUGUGUUUUUGCUUUUGUACGAAUGUAUAGACUUGACGUUUCGUAUGUUAGUCAACAAACAUUUUCAAAAGUGAUCAAAAGUGACCCGUUUUAACAGAUUACCAGAUCAGUAUAAAUACAAAAUUGACAAGAGGUCUGGAAAUGAGAUACGGAAAUCUCCUAAUGGUGAAUAUAUAAGAAAAACAACAGUGAAUAUGCUGAAGUUCAAGCACCGCUGUUUAUUUUAUUUUUAUUAACCAGCACUCUCUUCUUUACUGUUCUGUAAUGGCACCUUUAAGUUAGAUGUUACUGAAACUUUUGAUCGCCCCAUCUAAGGGAAUCCAAGACAGUCUUAGAUUGUGGAUUCUACGUCGUGGAUUCCGGAUUCUAGAGCCUAUGAUUCCGUAUUCCACCACAGGGUCCAGAGGAGUUUCGUGUGAAUAAAUGAGUUACUUAUUUAAAGUCUCACCUUGAAAAAUGUCUAUACCUGUCGCUUAGCACUAUUAAUUAGCCCAAUGGGAUCUUUAUAAAUCUGCUGUAAACGAUUUCUUCGCUUCUUAUCUGACCCAGAUCGACUUUCGAAAAUCAAUAACCGCAAGCCAUAUCCUCGCUGGCGCACGGCACGUCGUUCGAAGGGUGACCAAAGGCCAUCGAGCCCUCAGUCUCUUGGUUUGCGGUCUAUAGAAUGUGUAACGAAACUGUAACGCGAUCAAAAUAACCCAUUUUUUCAGAGGUUUUCGACGGGUUUUGACUGAUGUUCUAACGACAAACACAUCUCCUCGGGACGCUGUGAUUCCACAAGCAAAAAUUUCCCUCGUUCCGGAAUCCGGAUUCCCUUACAUGAGGUGGUUUUAACUCAAUUAAAUGACUACUUUAAUAAAAAACUUGAACGCAG